AACGAAGGAGGGAGGGUUAGAGAAGCGAGAGAGAGACAAGUGUUGUUGGAGAAGCUGGAGGUGUGCAGAGCUGGAUGGAAGUGGUUCCCUCUUUUCAUUUUGCUUUCCAGUCUCUUUUUUUUUUCAUUGCUUCAUUGCAUGUUUUGUCUUUCUGUCCGAGUCUCAUCUAGCGCUUCAUUUAUUUUGGGGUUUUGGACAUAAGCUAUCAGGCCAAGCAUCUCUCUCUCUCUCUCUCUCUCAAGAACGUCCAGCUAAGAACUUUGUCAUAAAUUCUUCGACUGCAAUAUUCCUCACACACUUAACUCUCUAUUAAGAAGAACUUCGAAAUACAUUUUGAUUACUUUUUAUGCUUGAUUCGUUAUUAACAGUUUUUUUUUUUCCAACAAAACAAGAAUAUCCCCAACACCACCUCACCUUCUAAAGCAGCAAAAAGAAAACAGAAAUAAACCAUUUGCAGAAAUCUUCGAGGCAACACGCCGCACACACACACACAUGUAGUUGAGAGCAAUAUUACUGAAACACAGCUUAAGAAAAGGAAACUAAGUUUUUCCAAACAAGAAAGCUAGCAAUAAAAAAUACUAUAAAUUUGUGUAACGUACAUAUAUAUAUAUAUAUAUAUAUAUAUACACACUCAUAUAUAUUUGCCUAACGACUACAAUGUCGCUAACGUUAUAUUACAAGAGGGAUGGUGUUGCUGCAUCAGUGACCUGUUUGCUGUGUUUGCUGUUGGUCAGUGUCGGACCUUUGACCGUUGCCGUGGACACUGACCUGACGGUGGAAAUCGCUCCAGGAAACCAAGAAUGUUUCUACCAGCAGGUCCUCAUGAAAGGGGAGACUACUCUAGAACUAGAAUAUCAGGUGAUCGAUGGUGGUGACAUGGACAUCAGCUUUUACAUUCAAGGCCCAAAUAAUGCAAUCCUUGUCGCUGAAGAGAGAAAGUCAGAAUCUUCACACAAAGUGGAUGUACAGAUGACAGGAACUUACAAGAUCUGCUUUGACAAUACCUUCAGCCGAUUCUUCAGGAAAGUCGUCUAUUUUGACAUCAUCACAGAGAAUGAAGAAGAUGAUGAGAAUGGAAAUUGGACUUUCAGUAAAGAAGAUGCUGCAGAGUUGAUGGACAUUAAACUUGAUGAUUUUAAAUCAAUAGUUGGACGUGUAAAAGAGAAUCUUGAAAGAUCGCAUCAGGUCCAGACUUACUUGAAGAUGUUUGAGGCACGGGACCGAAACAUCCAGGAAUCCAAUUUUGAACGUGUCAACUGGUGGUCUGGCUUCCAGUUGUUCCUCAUGAUGUCUGUGGCGUUGACGCAAGUGUUUAUGAUUCGCAGCCUUUUUGAUGACCACAGCCGGCUACACAAAGUCUUUCAGGCACGAUCCUGAAUAGCAAUAAUAGAGCAACAAAUAAAGAGAACCUAGAAAAGGAGAAGAGAUGAAGCAAGAAAAAUAUCAUACUACACACACAUGCGCGUUUAUAUAUAAAUAUAUAUAUAUAUAUAAAUAUAAAUAUAUAUAUAUAUAUAUAUAUAUAUAUAUAUAUAUAUAUGAUUAUGAAUAUAUAUUUUUUCUGAGAAAUCCAGUGAGAUGAAUGUAGUGUUUCUGUGCAGAGGAAAUGUUUGUUUGACAAAUUCAGUCUGGGCAAAAACAGAUUGUACAUUUGUCCCAUUUAAUUUUAAAACAAGAAAUUUUUUAAUCCACUU